AUGGGGUCUUUUCAAAGGGGCAUCUUUCUCGCACUGUGCAGUCUCCGUUUGAUUCAUAGCACAGUUGCGUUGUCUCUAGGUGCACCCGAGGACAAACCAAUCCAAGACCCGGCCCUGUACACCUACCCCUACACCUGCCCCUCCAUUCCUGUUGGCACUGGGGAUACAUGCGACGAUCUGGCUCUCAGGUGCGGUACCUCGGCGGCAUCAUUCACUUCCUUCACCCCGAAUACUGCCUGCUCCUCUCUGCAUCGCGGAAAACCCGUUUGCUGCGCGCCAGGGACGACUACAUUUCCACCGGACAGUGAUGCUUACUGCUACGUUUAUACUAUCCGCAAUGGCGAUACCUGCGCGAAGAUUGCCGACGGGUACGGGAUCACCACGGCCGAUAUCGAGACUUGGAACGCCAAUACCUCGGCAUGGUACGGGUGCAACCAACUGCAGGAUGGAGGUCAAGUUUGUCUCAGCAAGGGUGAACCCCCAAUGCCAGUUGCAAUCGGUGAUGCAGUCUGUGGUCCCCAAGUGCCUGGAACAGCACGUCCAAUGUUGUGGACCAAUAUUGCCUCUUUGAAUCCAUGCCCUGCGGGUCAAUGUUGCUCUACAAAGGGUAAAUGUGGUACUGGUGCAGACUUCUGUGGCUCAUCUGCACCUGCACCUGCUGUGCCCCCUGCGCCUGGAACUAAGGCUACAUCAGUAAAAACUACAUCUGCAACUAAAGCCACAUCCGUGCCAUCUGAAACUAAAAAUGUGCCAUUGUCAGCUAGAAGCUUUGUGACAAUGACAGCCGAAGCUGUGACAGUGACAGCUAAAGCUAAAUCCCCGACAAGUACAAAAAACGCGGAUGCACACUUUUUCACGACAGAUAUACCCUUGGUAGAUGUACCUUUGACAUAUCUACACGAAACCACGUCCACGUCAGCUGCCGCUCCUACUAGCUCUGCCACUAGCACUCAUACUGGCACUGCCACUCAAUUCCUGGAACCGGCCAAGAAGCUCAGUCUCCUGGCAAGCCAACUUCGGAAUACUAUAGUCCCCACAAGCUCAAGUACUACCAAGGCCACGUCUGCUACAACAACCAAAACCAAGACUUCCAUAACCAAAGCCUCAACAACAAAAAUCGUGGAUGGUGUCGUCACCGUACCCAACGGAUGGUCACUGAAGAUGUUCAAUGGCAUCGGUUGCACUGGAAGCUACGUGUUACUCCAAGGUCACAACAAGAAAUUGGAGGACAGUGACUGCAUGAGGUUCCGCACGAAGAGUAAUCUCGGGACCGUGGUCAACGACACAGCCGUUUCGUGUCGUUGGUGGACUAUACCAGAAAGCGGUAAUUGGGAAUGGAGGAACUGUCACAGCGAUUCUUUGCAUAAUCCCAAAUCAUGGCUUAUGACAAAUGGUCUCUGUACGGUCUCUCCUAAUACGCAGUGCGAUCUUGUCAACGACAUUUCCCAAACUUAUGGCUGGCGGGGUCCUGGUUUGUGCCACGAUCGCCAGCAGAUGGAUCCGGAAUUCGUAUCUUUUAAGUGUUACGUUGGGUAA